UACGGUUUUAGUCUGCACUCGUUUAUCUUCAAGUGUGCAUGUGCUGCUGCUUCCUGCCAUAAUAUGUGUUAAUUUUCGUGAUUUGUUUUAAUCGUUUUACGAAGUGCCCUUAACAAAAUGGACAAAAGGAAGAUUCCUUCAGAUAAAAGCACUACUAUCGCAAGGAAUAAGAAGCUCCUUAUUACAUUAGAACAAAAACUUUAUGUGACUGAACGACAUGAACGUGGUCAUAGCAACUCUAAAAUAUGACGAGAUGUCGGAAUGCCUGAAUCUACGGGACGGAAUAUUAUAAAACACUCAAGGGAAAUAAAAGUAAAAGGGGGGCUAUAUGGCAGCCAAGAAAUCCAAAUUGCAGGAGCAGUUCUUAGAAGAUGUUGCAAAGGAGGGUGAUAGUCGCAGUAAUGCUGGCAGCAAUAUCUUUCGUGGUGUUGCCAUCUUUGUCAUUGGCUAUACAGUACCAUGUGCAGACUCGCUGAAAAGAAUGAUGAUGCUGCAUGGAGGAAUAUAUCACCACUACCAGACAAACAGUACAACACAUAUUAUAGCCUCCAACUUGCCAAACUGCAAAAUGAAGUUGUUGAGAAAACUGAAGGUUGUGAAGCCAAGUUGGAUUAUGGACAGUGUGCAGAAGGGAAGCCUGCUGGAUUAUCGAAAGUAUUUGCUGUAUACAUCCAAAGCUCAGACACGAUUGGACUUCAAUCAAAAGGAAGUGGAGAGUGGAAAUUUGCUGCAGGAAACAAAGACCUCUAGCGAAAACAGUGAACCAGUCUACCUCAUGCAGCCUGACAUGCUGACAACUGAUGUUGCUGAAGGAAGGCAGUCAUCACAUGCCACUACACAGAAUGCUGCUGAUCCAAACUUCCUGUCUGAAUUCUACAGUCAUUCACGCCUGCACCACAUUUCCACGAUGGGUGCUUUAUUCAAACAGUAUGUUGCACAACUUCGCGAAGACAGUGAUGGGAGGUUCCCUGGCCAAGAGAGAUUACGGGAGUGUGGGACAAGGACUACCAACUCCCAUAACUUUGGUGGCGGUAGAGUGAUAAUGCACAUUGAUAUGGAUUGCUUCUUUGUGUCUGUUGGUUUACGAGACAGGCCACACUUGAGAGGUCUGCCCGUUGCUGUCACACAUGCUAAGGGAAAUAUUGCUUCUACACAUCAACGUAAAGGAGUCGAUCGUGCAUUUGAGUUGAACUACUACAAUCAGAAAGCAGGACUCAAGAUGGUUACUGAUGUAGAUGAGACCGAUUCUAUGUCUGAGAUUGCAUCUUGCAGUUAUGAGGCCAGAAAGUGUGGUCUGAAGAACGGAAUGUUUCUGGGGACAGCCCUUAAACUGUGUCCAAACCUGAGGACUAUUCCAUAUGACUUUGAGGGCUAUAAACAAGUGUCCCACUGCCUGUAUAACACUGUAGCAGCCUUCACGUUGGACAUUGAAGCAGUGAGCUGUGAUGAGAUGUUUGUAGACUGCACGAGUGUUUUGCAGAACACCCGUGCCUCCCUUAUGCAGUUCGCCUCAUUUCUGCGACAAGAAAUUGAGGAGAAAACUGGAUGUACAGCAUCUGCAGGCUUUGGAGCCAACCGUCUGCAGGCUCGUCUUGCCACAAAGAAAGCUAAACCAAAUGGACAGUUCUACCUGGAACCUUCCUCAGUUCCCUACUUUAUGUUGGACAUUACAGUGGAGGACCUUCCAGGUGUAGGUCGUACUCUGGCCAGGCGUCUUCAUGCUAUGGGUGCACACACAUGUUCUGAUCUGAAGCGUUUCUCCCAGACUGAACUACAGAGAGAGUUUGGAGCAAAGACUGGUAAUGCCCUCUACAGGCAUUGUCGAGGUGAAGAUGAUCGGGCACUGAGCUUUUGUCAUCAGCGCAAGUCUGUGUCUGCAGAGGUGAACUAUGGGAUCCGAUUCACCAAUCAGGAAGAAGCUGCAGCAUUCCUGAAGCAGUUGGCUGGUGAGGUCUCAUUUCGACUGAGAAAUAUCAAGUUGAAGGGGCGGUGCAUCACCCUCAGACUGAUGGUGAGAGCAAAAGAAGCUCCAGUAGAAACGGCAAAGUUCCUUGGUCAUGGGGUAUGUGACCAGGUGACGCGGUCCUGCACUCUUGCCACUGCUGUGUCUGAUCAGGACACAAUAGCAAGGGAGGUGCUUUCAAUUUUACGACAGCUGUCAGUCAAACCAAGUGAUCUGCGAGGUAUUGGCAUCCAAAUGACUCGUCUGGAGAGUGAAAAUGUGAGCAGGAAGCUUCUAGACAGGUUCUUGAUGCGGAGCACCGGAGAAACUCAGCAAGUUAGUUCCAGUAAUGCUCCCCAGGAAGAGAGCAACAUACAGAAAAUGUCAAGAACCAGUAAUGAGGACAGAUCCUUAUCAAAAAGGGACAUCAUUCAUGAGGCUGGCCCCAGUAGUGCUUCCCAGGAAGAGAGCAACAUACAGAAAAUGCCAAGAACCAGUAAUGAGGACAGAUCCUUAUCAAAAAGGGGCACCAUUGAUGAGGCUGGCCCCAGUAGUGCUCCCCAGGAAGAGAGCAACAUACAGAAAAUGCCAAGAACCAGUAAUGAGGACAGAUCCUUAUCAAAAAGGGGCACCAUUGAUGAGGCUGGCCCCAGUAGUGCUCCCCAGGAAGAGAGCAACAUACAGAAAAUGCCAAGAACCAGUAAUGAGGACAGAUCCUUAUCAAAAAGGGGCACCAUUGAUGAGGCUGGCCCCAGUAGUGCUCCCCAGGAAGAGAGCAACAUACAGAAAAUGCCAAGAACCAGUAAUGAGGACAGAUCCUUAUCAAAAAGGGGCACCAUUGAUGAGGCUGGCCCCAGUAGUGCUCCCCAGGAAGAGAGCAACAUACAGAAAAUGCCAAGAACCAGUAAUGAGGACAGAUCCUUAUCAAAAAGGGGCACCAUUGAUGAGGCUGGCCCCAGUAGUGCUCCCCAGGAAGAGAGCAACAUACAGAAAAUGCCAAGAACCAGUAAUGAGGACAGAUCCUUAUCAAAAAGGGGCACCAUUGAUGAGGCUGGCCCCAGUAGUGCUCCCCAGGAAGAGAGCAACAUACAGAAAAUGCCAAGAACCAGUAAUGAGGACAGAUCCUUAUCAAAAAGGGGCACCAUUCAUGAUGCUGGCCCCAGUAAUGCUCCUCAGCAGGAGGUGUCUAGAAGUGAAAAUGGAUGUGCUGGGAGGUCACUCUCACAGUUCAUGCCCCAUGAAGUGUGUGACUUGGAUGAGGAGGUGUUGGCUGCCCUGCCAGAAGAUAUCAGGCUUGAAGUUUUGCAGGCAUAUCAACCCAGAAGCAGUUCUCAAGUAAGGAGGGAUGAAGUAGUGACACGUGUGAAGUCUCCAGCCAAUGAACAGGAUAUCUCCCUGUACAGCACAAUGACUGUAAAUCAGGUUCGGGCACUGGUGAAGGAAUGGGUGUCAUGUGAGGAUGUGCCACAGCCUUGUGAUGUCAGCAUGCUAGCAGACUACUUAGAGAAACAGAUUGCCAAUCAGAACCUAGAUGACAUAAAUCUUGUGGCCAAAUGUUUGUACAGGCAUGUCUACAAGAAAAGCAGUAGUGUGUGGCAAGAAGUGUAUCAUAACAUCAUUGAGAAAGUACAGGACAUGAUGCUUGUUGUAUAUGGAGCCAAGCUGAAGCUGCAGGACACAUUCACAUGAACAUCAUUAUGACAGAUGUUGCCAUCUCAACCUGUUCUGUGGAUAUCAUGAUUUCAGAAAUGCUUACAGAAACCCAUUCAAUCUUGUCUGCUGUAAGGAUUACUGAGUGUCUGGAUGUUGUCCGUCUCCGAAUAUUCUGCACAGAACAAUGCAUUUUGGAAACUGGCAAAUGUAUGCUGAAACAUAUCACCCACUUUGUAAAAAAUGGGAGUAAAGUAUACGUUAUGUGGUGGAAAAAUGUAUAUAUCUCCACUGGACAAAGAUAAGCUCCUUCUAAUGAACACAGCUGAGUAUGUGCCUCUGCACCUCAUUACUUGAAGAUGGAAACAGAUUCAGAUUCCAAAACAUUUUCUGGUUGGAACUCUAGACAAUGGUAAAAGUCCAGACCCCAGAGCCCUAAGUGUAAUGCAUCAUUAUCAGAACUUUUUCAUUCCCACAUUCACUCAUGAGAAUGAUAAUGGUAAAAUAAUCGUUGAUAAUAUCAGCCUUAACCUGGAUAUAUGAUAAAAUAGGCAGUUUUUAUAACAUGCAGUAGAUACUGGAGUGAACAUAAUACCACUCAUCUUAUUAUAAUAAUGACAAUAUAGAAACAGAAAUCUUAAUGGCAGGUCUUUUAAAAAAUUAUAUCUAUAGAUCAGUAUAUGUUAGGCAUAUUCAAGAAUGAAUUUUUUCAGUCCAAAGUGACAUUGAAAUGAGAAUUUGGAAAUAUUUUGAGAUUCAAGAUGAGAUCAAGAACUCUCCUAGCCCAGUUUCUUCACUGUAAUCACAAUAUAAAACACUAGCCAGUUUUUCUUGUGCUUGUAGGUUUGUACUGCAAGUGCCGAGAUGAGUUGGUUGUCAGAAAGUGAAAUACUGAUGCUGCAUACAGGAAUAUAGAAAGAUAGUAUGGGGAGGGCAAAGACUGAUUUUAUGGACAAGAUGGUUCAUGUUGGUGUUGCCAAUCAUUAUGAUUCGGAAAGUAAAAGCAGUUAUUUGAAAAUUCCUCAGAAUUGAAGACUGAAAAUGGGUAUUAGAAUCGAGAUUGACAUAUUUUUCCUCAGUGCAGUCUUAGAAAUUUGAGACUUGUACAUGUCUAAUAUACAUUAAGUCUCACAUAAUAUUUAUCAUAUCACAUGAAAGGAUUAAAAUUUGACUUAAAGACCAUGAUAAAAUUAGUGCAAGCAGUCUGCACGAAGACUUAAAACAGAUUUAGUUUUGGUCCCUCAGUGCUGUCAGCAGCUGAAGUGCAAUAUUCUAAACAAUAUGUCAUACUUUGCAGAAUCCAAAAUAAUGAUGUGGCACCACAUGGAAUCUGGAGUUCAUUUUGUGAGAUCUGAGGCUGUCAUGUUGGUGAGCAUGAGAUUACUUUCUUCUGGGAUAUGUCACCGUGCAAAGUGAUACUAGGUAGAAGUUUUCCAGUGUUUCAGAUGAAUGUGCUGCCUCUGUCUUCUGGGUGGAGAAAUGAUCCUCUGAAAUAUCAGUGAACUUCCAUCAGACUUCACAGUGUCACAUUCCAGAAGACAAGCAGUAUUCUGAAUUUAGUCUUGUUUGACAACACUAUUUAUUGAGCUGCUCUGAGAUUUGGAAUUAUGAUUGUAAGUGUAUCUACAAAUUUUGGUAAAACCUUUUGUAUGUGUGCGUGCAUAUGCAUAUAUGCAUAAGUAUAUCUGUGCGUGCAAACUUGCAUGUAUGAAAAUUAUAAACAUAGUGAUUGCAUAGAUUUUUUAAACAAUGGUGUAUUCAAAGAUUUUGUGUAUUGAUGAUGAUGAUGAUGAUUUAUUGUAGGUGAGUUCAUUCUACAUAAUUGUGUUAGAUUGUUGAUUGUUUACUAUCUACUUGUUGCAGUGUGCAGUCUGUGUUGCCUUUUGUAGGCCAUUACUUGUGAAUGAUGACACUGCCAAGUUAUUCUUACAUAGCAAGCCUGGAAUGGUAAUUUUGCCUAUCAGUGGGCAUGAGUAUUGUAUAUUGUAAUAUAUUAUAUAUAUUGUAUAUUUGUGUAUUCCAAAAUAUCGUUUAUACAAAAAAUGUUAAAACAUAUGAGGACUUAGGCUAUACUCCUGUCUCAGUCCCAUGUUAGAGGGACAAAUUUUGUUACUUCAUUAUCCGCACAUUUUACACAAAAUUUUGUAUCUUUGGACUUUUCAUAGUACAAUUUGAUGUACUUCAAAUCACUCCUGUUCUCAUUUUAAACCGUAAGGUUCCCCUGUCAACUGAAUUAAAUGCUUUUUUGAAAACCUCAGAGCACCAAUAUACUUGUCUCUUUUUUUCUCUCAGCUAUUUAUCAACAGUUGUUUUAUCAUAAAAACGUUACCAAUGAUUCCUUUUGCCUUAACAAAUCCUGUUUGGCAUACUGAUAGCACAUUAUGAUUUAAUAGCCAGUCUUUUUAUUUGCCAGCCAAGAACCCAGAAAGUAUUUUACCCAAAACUGGCACCGAGUUGUUUUUGAUUUCCCUUUCCUUGUAUAUUGGGUAAAUAACUGCAUUUUUACAGUCUGACAGAAAUUCCGUUUUAGCAUACUUUCCUCAUUUUGAAAAGAUAAGAGGAGGCUUGUGAUGUCACUUUACUGUCUGUGUAUCCAUCUGUGUCUAUUUGUAUAUCUGCCUGAUGAUUGUUACGAGGCUUAUGGGAUGACCUAGCUUUCUGUCUGUGUAUCACCCCCCCCCUCAAAUUUUCAGACUUGUAGAAUCAUCUUGCUGUAUCUCUGCAUAUCCCCCUGAUUUUUAUUCGGAGGCAUGGG